AUGUCUAAGAAAGAUGAACAGGGUGCGGAUGUGAGCGAUGGCCCUGUUAUGGAUCCACAGUUGAAACUCGUAGUGGAGGCACUUCGCUCAGAAUUUGGCAAGAUGUUACACUCAGAAAUCGAGGGAGUGUACGACAAGAUCGAGCUGAUGGAGCAGUCUCAUUCUCGAGAGACCACUUUCACACGAGGAGAUAACAAUCUGGGCAAUAUUAAGAUGAACGUUCCGCCCUUCCAAGGGAAGAAUGAUCCAGAAUUGUAUCUUGAUUGGGAGAGAAAGGUGGAGCUUAUGUUCGAUUGCCACAACUAUUCAGAGCUCAAGAAGGUGAAGUUGGCAGCAAUUGAGUUCUCAGAUUAUGCACUUGUUUGGUGGGAUCAGAUGGUGACGAGUAGGAGGAGAAACAGUGAGCCGCCUAUUCAGACUUGGCAGGAGAUGAAGGCUGUGAUGAGGAAGCGUUUUGUGCCGAACCAUUACUACCGCGAGCUUUUCAACAAGUUGCAGACUUUGAGGCAAGGCAGUCGGAGUGUGGAUGAGUAUUAUAAAGAGAUGGAGGUUGCCAUGAUUCGAGCCAAUGUGGUGGAGGAGCGAGAGGCGACCAUGGCGAGAUUCUUGACUGGCUUGCAUUGGGAUAUUCGUGAUAAGGUGGAGUUGCAGCACUACGUUGAGUUGGAGGACAUGGUUCACAUGGCCAUCAAGAUCGAGAAUCAACUCAAGAGGAGGGGCAACAACAUUUCUAAUGGUUCCUCGUCAAAAGGGAAUCAAUGGAAAAAGGAGGCACCGCCGAGAGAGGAGAAGAAGCCGUUCGUUAGGUCCCGACCCGAGGGAUCCGGUGCAGCAAAUCAGGGCAUUUCGGCCGUUUCUGAUGGUCGAAAUCGAGAUAAGAAGUGCUUCAAGUGCCAAGGCUUCGGGCAUAUUAUGAGUGACUGCCCGAACAGGAGAAUCAUGAUCAUGAGAGAUGACGGCGAAGUCGUGACGGAUGAUGGUACCGAUGAUGAGGAGGAGUGUGAGGAGAUUUUCGCGCCCAAUGGACAGCUUUUUGUAGCUAGGAGAGCCUUGAGUGUUCAAACUCAACCCAAUGAGCGAGAGCAGCGGGAGAACCUCUUUCACACGAGAUGUCUUGUUCAAGACAAGGUAUGUAGUGUGAUCAUUGAUGGCGGGAGUUGCACGAAUGUGGCUAGUAGAGCCAUGGUUGAGAGAUUGGGGCUGACCACGGAGAAGCAUUCCAAGCCGUAUCGUUUGCAGUGGCUGAAUGAGACAGGCGUCAUCAAAGUGACGAAGCAAGUGAAGAUUCCGUUUCGCAUUGGGAAGUAUGAGGAUGAGGUUGUGUGUGAUGUGAUCCCUAUGCAAGCGAGCCAUAUCCUGUUGGGGCGACCGUGGCAGUUUGAUCGCCGUGAGUUUGAUGAUGUUUUUCCCGAAGAUACACCUGCCGGUUUACCACCAAUUCGAGGGAUUGAGCAUCAGAUUGACUUUGUGCCCGGCGCUACACUGCCGAACCGACCAGCUUACCGAACCAAUCCGGAGGAGACAAAGGAGUUGGAGAGGCAAAUUGGCGAGUUAUUGGCCAAAGGGCAUGUGAGGGAGAGUUUGAGUCCUUGUGCGGUACCCGUUCUACUUGUACCAAAGAAGGACUCGUCUUUGAGGUUUGUUGUUAGUGCACAGGGUGUACAGGUUGAUGAGGAGAAGAUACGAGCUAUCCAAGAGUGGCCAACGCCGACGAACAUUGCAGCCGUUCGAAGCUUUCAUGGACUUGCUAGCUUCUAUAGGCGAUUCGUGCCUCAUUUUAGCAGUGUUGCAGCACCUUUGACGGAAGUCAUCAAGAAGCAUGUGGAGUUUAAGUGGGGCAAGGCGCAAGAGGAUGCUUUUCAGCAGUUGAAAUAUAAAUUGACCCACGCCCCGGUAUUAUCUCUUCCUAAUUUCUCCAAAUCUUUUGAGAUUGAAUGUGAUGCUUCUGGUGUUGGUAUUGGUGCAGUGUUGAUGCAAGAGAGACGACCCAUUGCGUAUUUCAGCGAGAAGCUAAACGGGGCGACAUUGAGUUAUCCCACGUAUGAUAAGGAGCUGUACGCAUGGGUGAGAGCUUUGCAAACGUGGCAGCACUACUUGUGGCCCAAUGAGUUCGUCAUUCACACGGAUCACGAGUCGUUGAAACACUUGAAGGGGCAGCACAAGUUGAACAAGCGGCAUGCAAGGUGGAUGGAGUUCAUUGAGACGUUUCCCUACGUCAUCAAAUACAAGCAAGGUAAAGAGAAUGUGGUGGCUGACGCACUUUCUCGGAGGCAUGAUGACUAUCUUUUUAGGAAGAAUAAGUUAUGUGUUCCUAAAUGUUCUUUACGUGAGUUGUUAUUGCUUGAGUCUCAUGGUGGGGGUUUGAUGGGACAUUUUGGCAUUGCUAAGACUUUAGCUGUUCUGCAUGAGCAUUUCUUUUGGCCUCAUAUGAAACGUGAUGUUGAGAGAAUUUGUGGUCGAUGUGUUACGUGUAAACAAGCUAAGUCUAGGGUGAGUUCCCAUGGAUUGUAUACACCAUUGCCUAUUCCUACAGCACCUUGGAUUGAUAUUUCUAUGGAUUUUGUGUUAGGUUUGCCUAGGACUAAGCGUGGUCGAGAUUCCAUCUUUGUGGUUGUUGAUCGAUUUUCUAAGAUGGCACAUUUUAUUCCAUGUCAUAAAUCUGAUGAUGCAUCUCAUGUAGCUGAUCUAUUCUUUAGAGAGAUUGUUAGAUUGCAUGGCAUGCCUAGGACUAUUGUUUCUGACAGGGAUUCGAAGUUCUUGAGUUACUUUUGGAAGACUUUGUGGUGUAAGUUGGGUACUAAACUUUUGUUUUCUACUACUUGUCAUCCACAAACUGAUGGUCAAACAGAGGUAGUGAAUAGGACUUUGUCUACUUUGCUUAGAGCUAUUAUCAAGAAGAACAUUAAGUCUUGGGAAGAUUGUUUGCCUCAUGUUGAGUUUGCUUAUAAUCGUUCUGUUCAUUCUGCUACUCAAUUUUCACCAUUUGAGAUUGUGUAUGGAUUUAAUCCUUUGACUCCAUUGGAUUUAUCUCCAUUACCUGAGCAUGAGUAUUUAUGGCUGCACAUGCGCAAGGAAAGGUUUCCAUUGCAGCGGAGAUCCAAGUUACUUCCUAGAGGCGACGGGCCAUUUCAAGUGUUGGAGCGCAUCAAUGACAAUGCCUACAAGUUGGACUUACCAGGUGAGUAUAAUGUGAGUGCUUCUUUUAAUGUGACUGAUUUGAGUCCUUUUGAUGUAGGUGAUGCUUUGGAUUUGAGGACAAAUCCUCUUCAAGAGGAGGGGAAUGAUGCAGCCCUUCAAGAGGAGGGGAAUGAUGCAGCCCAAGGUUCGUUGGUGCAAGACCCGGUGCAUGUUCCUGUUGGUCCGGUUACAAGAGCACGAGCCAAGAAGUUCAAGGAGAGCUUGAUGAGCUUAGUU